UGAUCAGUUUAUGAACAUUAAACGAUCCAAAGUGCAAGACGGAUGAGGUCAACGACAGUGCAGAUUUCUUCCGGGCUGAAGCUCCUUAUAUGCUCGCCAGCAGCUGUUGUGGAUGUGUGUGAGCGCAUGCGUCUCUGCGCUCUCCUGUUCUUCCGAUCGCACAACUUUGUCUGGAAAUCGCAGUCACAAUGACCCUCCAAUGGACUGCUGUGGCUUUGUUCCUCUAUGCAGAGAUAGCAGUCAACCUGAUUUUGUGUAUUCCCUUCAUAUCAGCACGGAGAUGGCGUUCAGUUUUCAGCUGGAGAAUAUGGAAUUGGUUAUCUCCGUACUGGAACAAGUGCUUUUUCACCAUGAUCAUGGUUCUUAUUGUUCUGUUCCUCGAUGCUGUCCGUGAGGUGCACAAGUACUCAGGGCCUGAACCCAUGCAGGAUGCUAAGGUGAACCCAAAUGUGUACGACAAUGUGCACAUGAAGCUGUUCAGAGCCCAGAGGAACCUCUACAUAUCUGGCUUCUCUCUCUUCCUCUGGCUUAUCAUGCGUCGGAUAGUCACCUUGCUGAACCAGCUCGCUGUCACGGUGGAGAGCAGCGCGGGCCUUCAGGCUCAGAUGGACGGGGCUGUCAAAGCAGCCAAGAGGCACCAGGACGACAACUUGAAACUCACAAAAGCUCUCCUGGAUGAGGAAAAAUCCAUGUCAGUAAAGAAACAGCAAGUGAAGCUAGAAGCCGAGAAGCUGGCAGAUCAAGUGAAGGGUGCUGAAGAGGCUGUGCGCAAGUCUCAUGCUGAAGUGGAGGCCAUGAGGAGGCAGGCCAAAGGUUUGGCACAAGAGUAUGACAGACUACUGAGCGAACAUAUUCAGCUCCAGAAUCUCCAAAGUCCUGCAGACAAAAAGGAUCAGUAACCACAGCCACAGAGUGACAACUGUAUGAUUUCUCAUGACUCGAACACUGUGUGCCGUAUGCGGGGGCCAUUUCGAUUAAUCUUGACUUUUUAUUUGAUGAGAAUAAACAAACAGUAGGCUGUGUCCCAAUAAAAAGGAUAGUGUAAAGUUAUCACAUCCUUAAAACAUCUACUUACUAAAAGAUAUGCCAUUAAUUUAAAAUAUAAAUGUGUGAAUGCUGCAUAUUAAAAGUGUAAAAUGUU